GUGUGGUACCCGCUGCUGGUUGACCACGAGCUGCCGCGCAAAGCGUCAGAAGCGCGGCCCAUGGCGGCUAGGUUGUUGGGGGAACCACUGGUGCUCUUCCGAGACGAGGAGAACCGUCCUAGAUGCCUCGCGGACCGAUGCCCUCACAAGAACGCCAAGCUGAGCGUGGGCCGCGUAAGGCAAGGCAAGAUGGAGUGCUUCUACCACGGCUGGCAGUUCGAUUCCAGGAAUGGCAAGGUGGAUUGCAUCCCGUUCCUGCUGCCUGGCCGGAGCAUCCCGCCCCAGGCGCAGACCAAGUCCUAUCCCUGUGUGGAGAAGUAUCACUUGAUCUGGGUGUGGCCCGGAGAGAGCCAAGCGGACGAAUCUCUCAUUCCCUGGUACCCGGAGUUCUCGGACGAAAAGGCCAACUUCUGGGGCCGGUCCAACGAGUGCCCGGUGGAUGCCUCCCUUUGGCUAGAGAACUUGAUGGAUUUGGCGCACACGCCCUUCGCGCAUGACGGGCAGUUCGCGAGUCGGGAGCAGGGAAGGCCCUUGAAGUAUCACACCAAGGCCACCAAGGGCGGCCUGGUGGCGGAGACGGAGUUCUUUGGAGCGCCAGAGAGCGAUCCCAAGCAAAGCACGGAGUGGGUGGCACCCAUCACCAGCAUCGUGUCGGUGAAGUUCCCGGGCGGCACCUGGCUGCGUCUGCACUUCUACUCCGUCCCGAUGGCUCCGGGGGCCUGCCGCUUCAUUAUGACCCUGUACCGGGACUGGGGCUACCUCUUGCAGAAGGCCAUGGACGCGGCCGAGUGGUUCCCGCCCCUGCGCGCCAUGGUGGCGCAGAUGGACAUGACGGUGCCCUUUCAGGACAUGAUCAGCAUGACUGGACAGGCCCGCAACAUGAAGGAGGGCUGCCCGCCGCUCUCGGUGCCCAUCCAGUGCGACGAGAUGGCUGUACACUUCCGCCGGUGGUGGGGCAAGGCCUUUACCCGAGACGUCUGGUGGAAGGGCUGGAACGGCAAGAUGGACAUGGAGGACAUGACAGAGUCGGCGCUGCAGGCCUGCUUUGGCGCGGACGCCUGCGGCCAGUACGAGCGCGACAUCACCUUCGCCGCAAACAGCGGCGGGUCCAGGAAUUGCCGGCCCUAUGUGGACCGCUGGGCAACGACCCAUUACAAGCGCAGCCCCUUCGAGUCCAGCUGGUGGUCCACCUUUGCCUUGGUCCUCAGCGCCGGCUUGGCCGGCGCGGCCUUUACGGCGCUCUCUCGCCGCUGAGGAGCAGUCCGUUGCUGCCCACUGCAACUGCUCCCUUACUAUCUCCUCUGAGGGGUUUCGCUGCCAGCUUUCAGUGUCUGACUGCAUGCAGUAGGUGGCACCAUCUUUGCCCAAGAGCGGCAAAGGCGACGGAGUCGGAAGCGGUUUUCCGGAGAGGCGUCAUUUCCGAGCUGAACAUAGGUCGGUGCGCCUUCCUGCCAGUUGAGGUGAUCCGUGAUA